CACUGAGAACACUCAUCCCAGCAGAGAAAGGAGAGUUUUAGGGUUUGGCUAUCCCGGUCUCUUCGUUAAUGGCCAUUGCGUAAGCUUCUGAUUUCGCCAUGGCGUCAGUAAAUUCCCAACGUCCGGAGCACAAUUUAGAUGAGUGCUCCCUCUAUGGGUCAUGGAUAUUUUCUCUCUUGGGGGCAGCCAUCGCGAUCCCAGUAGGCAUUAAAAAGAAAUCUCUGGCUCCUCUGGUGUUCUUCGGAUCUACGGGUGCCAUGUUGGACAUUGUGCAAAGCUUUGCUGACUGUGAGAGGGAGCGCAUCGAGAAAUUACGAGCGGAGGAGCUUCUUGUGAAGAGAGACCCUGCCGAGCUCUCCCACGUUGAUGACCUCACGUUCAAGGAUGAUUAAGCUAAGACAAUGCACUUCUUAGAGAAAAGAAUAAAACGACAGAAAAGAAAUUAAUUAGCUUUUCGCGGUAGUUUGUGAUUCUACAUACCCGUUUUGCAGAAGAAGCUCUUGUAAACGAGAGGAGAAUCCGGAGACACUUGGGAAGCACAUUUUCCAAGCAUUGAAAAACAUCAGUUUGUUGCUGAUCAUUGUAUCUAGUUACUUAUCUUCUAUUUACGCAGCCGAAUGGGCUCUUCCUGUUGUGUUGUUUUGUAGCAUAUUCUCAACAGGUCUGUCCUGGUGCUCAGGACUCAAUUGUAAGUAGAACACUAACGACGAGUGUCAUCAAGCAGCUAUUUUUUCUAGUUUCAA